GCUCUUUGGUGACUCCAGUCCUUCGCAUCUACUCUCAAGAUCUGCAGAUCUUCAAACAGCAUAAAAGUCAGGGUCAGCAUGGCAGCAAAUCACCUACACAGCUCUGCUGCCCCUGGUAACAAUGGACGGUAUAUCAUGUACCAUGGCACGUCCAGAGAGGCUGCUGAAAGCAUUAAGAAGUCAGGCUUCAGGCAGUCCAGCGGUGGCAUGCUGGGCAGAGGAGUCUACCUCAGCCGGGAUCUGCAAAAGGCUAGCAGGUACCCUUUGAAGCUGGAUAAGUCUCAACGAGUGGUGAUCAAAGUGAAAGUAAGAGUUGGCAAGGUGAAGAAGAUUGACUACCAGGGCCACCCCCUGCAGAAGACCUGGCAUGACGAGGGCUACAACACAGCCUGGUGCCCCCCUAACUGUGGCAUGGUGCCCAGUGGAAUGGAGGAGGACUGUGUGUGGAAUCCUGGAAGGAUCACUAUCUUGGAUGUAAUUGACCCACCACCAGAUGUCCGGGUCAACAUGGCAGCAAAUCACCUACGCAGCUCUGCUGCACCUGGUAAAAAUGGACGGUAUAUCAUGUACCAUGGCACGUCCAGAGAGGCUGCUGAAAAAAUUAAGAAGUCAGGCUUCAGGCAAUCCAGCGAUGGCAUGCUGGGUAGAGGAGUCUACCUCAGCCGGGAUCUGCAGAAGGCCAGCAGGUACCCUUUGGGUCUGCAUAGGUCUCAACGAGUGGUGAUUAAAGUGAAAGUAAGAGUUGGCAAGGUGAAGAAGAUUGACUACCAGGGCCACCCCUUGCAGAAGACCUGGCAUGACGAGGGCUACAACACAGCCUGGUGCCCCCCUAACUGUGGCAUGGUGGACAGUGGAAUGGAGGAGGACUGUGUGUGGAAUCCAGGCAGAAUAACAAUCUUGGAUGUGAUUGACCCAGCACCAGAUGACUCAGGCUGAAUGGCGAUGUGGGCUGAGACCGAUUUUCCUCCUCCAGGCCAGCCAACCUUGAGCAGCUACGAAAAGCCGCAGUGUGGGCGGACCUACACCAUGUACCACGGCACAUCCAGAGAAGCAGCAGCCUCCAUCCUGCAAAACGGCUUCAGGCCGUCCAGCGAUGGCAUGCUGGGUAGAGGAGUCUACCUCAGCCGAGACCUGCAGAAGGCCAGCAGGUACCCUUUGGGUCUGUAUAGGUCUCAACGAGUGGUCAUCAGAGUGGAAGUAAGAGUUGGCAAGGUGAAGAAGAUAGACUACCAGGACCACCCCCUGCAGAAGACAUGGCAUGAUGAAGGCUAUGCCACGGCCUGGGUUCCCCCUAACUGUGGAAUGGUGCACAGUGGACUGGAGGAAGACUGCGUGUGGGAUCCCAGUAGGAUCACUAUCUUGGAUGUGAUUGACCCAGCACCAGAUAAUAGUUCCCCAAAAGUUCCACAAUGUGGACGGACCUACACCAUGUACCACGGCACAUCCAGACAGGCAGCAGCCUCCAUCAUGCAAAACGGAUUCAGGCCAUCCAGCGAUGGCAUGCUGGGUAGAGGAGUCUACGUCAGCCGGGAUCUGAAGAAGGCCAGUGGCUACCCUCGACAUUUGCCAGAGAGAGAACGAGUUGUGCUGAAAGUGUUAGUGUCUGUUGGAAAGGUGAAGAAAAUUGACUACCAGGGCCACCCCCUGCAGAAGACAUGGCGUCAACAUGGCUACGACACGGCCUGGGUUCCCCCUAAAUGUGGCAUGGUGCCCAGCGGACUGGAGGAGGACUGCGUGUGGGACCCUAACAGGAUUCAAAUAGUUGAGAUCAUAUAUCCCAAAGAACCUGAUGGUACUGAUGUAUUGUUGGUAGGGGCAGCCAUCAUAGGGGCAAUCGGUGUAACCGCCUUGACAAUUCUUGGACUGAGUAAGUACAUGAAGUAG